AUGGCCUUAAACAUCACCCGAACAUUGCGCAUUUGUCGCAUCAGCCCACUUGUUGGCUUCAAGCCUGGUGCGGGAGUUGUGUACCACCCAUCCGUAGAGGAGGCUUUCCACAAUGACCGUAUGCGCCAAAAGCGCGCAGCACAGCAUGGAUAUGAGUUGCCUAAAAUUGAGGGCGAGCCGCUGUACAAUGGACUUGAUUCCGCCAAGAUUGUAGAGAACGAAUGGGUGUCGUUUAACAAAGUGCGCUACCCUAUGAAUGGAGGCUACGAUCGAUUUUGUUAUCGUUUACCACAGGUGAACGCCUUCACUGAGGACGAGCUGGCAAAGUUCUACGACGCCGCAGAUUACCCAAAGAGGUUCACAUUAAAGGAGAUUUGGAAGGUGGGGAAGUACAGGCUCAGUUGUAUUCUUACAUUAUACCUCGGUUUUUUGGCACCAUUCAUAUAUGUUUGGGGUGAGGGCAUCUGGAGAAAUCGUCUGGAGCCCAUAGAGCCUGCGAUCCCUGCAGACGAGUACUUCAAGCACCUUGUCUGGCAUCAGGUUGGACACCAACUUGAUCACCACGCGUAUCAGCAAUAUUGCGAGGCCCGCCGUACCAAAAAGUGGCGAAACCCAGAUAUCAACCCGGAGGACUACAUCCCGCCAGAGUUCAGGAACCUCCAAUCAUUUGAGGGCAUCAAACUCUGA